GCAGAGAGCCGUUCUUCUCCCCUCUCCUCCACUACCACCACCAUUCUCGAUUGCUGUCGGGCACUCGCCAGCUUCUUACACAAUCUCUCUCUAAUUGUCUUACUACACAUGCGAUGAUGCUGUCGCGGUCCGCCAUCAGUCGAAAUGCGCCCCGUGCGCUUCAGAACGCUGCCAGCCGUCGGGGCAUGGCUUCUGCCGCUACCCCGGGUCUUCAAUACGAUGUUUCGGAGGCUGCUGGUGUGAAAAUUGCGAACAGAGAGCCUGCUGGUGUCACUGGUACUCUCGCCUUGGUCGCGAAGGCCGGUACCCGCUACCAGCCUUUCCCUGCUUUCUCCGAUGCUCUUGAGCUCUUUGCUUUCCAGUCUACACUCAAACGUUCGGCGCUGCGGAUCACUCGGGAGGUUGAGCUGCUGGGUGGUGAAUUCUCCUCGACACAUUCCCGUGAAAACGUUGUUCUCAAGACCAAAUUCCUCGCGAACGACCUUCCCUACUUUGUUGAGCUAUUGGCGGAAGUUGCUUCCCAGACCAAGUAUCCUAGCUACGAGCUCAAUGAAAUUAUCGCCAAGCUUCUGAAGCUCAGACAGGUCGCCAUUGCCAAUGACCCUGAGGCUGUUGCUGUCGAUGCCGUUCACGGUGUCGCCUUCCAUCAGGGUCUCGGUGAGACUAUUACUCCCUCCGCUCAUGCCCCAUACGAGAAGAACCUCUCAGCUGAGGCUAUCGCCGAGUUCGCAAAGAACGCCUAUGCGAAGUCCAACAUCGCUCUCGUCGGUAGCGGUGUUAGCUCUGCAGAGCUUUCGAAGUGGGUUGGUGAUUUCUUCAAGGGUCUUCCGAAUGCCGGCACCACCGGCCGAUACCAGGUCAAGUCCGACUCUGCUUCGAAGUACUACGGUGGUGAGCAGCGUAUCUCUACCAAGGCCGGCAACUCCGUCGUGAUCGCUUUCCCUGGCACCAGCGCCUUCGGAACUUCUUCCUACAAGCCCGCUGCUUCCGUUCUCGCUGCUCUUCUCGGUGGUGAGUCGUCCAUCAAGUGGUCUCCUGGUUUCUCGCUCCUCGGCCAAGCCACCCAGGGCUUCAGCCAGCUCCGCGUCUCGACCAAGAACCAUGCCUACUCGGAUGCCGGUCUUCUCACUGUUACCUUGAGCGGCAAGGCCGACCAGGUCGCCUCUGCCGGCAAGACCGUUGUCGACGCUCUCAAGAAGGCCGCCGCUGGUGAGGUUCCCGCCGAUGAUAUCAAGAAGGCUACUGCUUUCGCCAAGUUCCAAGCUCUUGAGUCUGCUCAGACUCUCGCAACCGGUCUUGAGGCUACCGGUUCCGCCCUCAUCAACGGCAGCAAGCCCUACCAGAUUGGCGAGGUCGCCCAAAGCGUAGACAGCGUCACCGAGGCACAGGUUAAGGAUCUCGCCAAGUCCCUCCUCUCAGGCAAGGCCUCCGUCGCCUCCGUCGGUGAUCUCUCCCAGCUGCCCUACGCCGCCGACCUUGGUCUGACCGUCUAAACCUUCACACUUCCACCCACAAUGACUCUCAAACCAAUGUACAAAAUACAUGCUAGACUGUCCUGGGACUAAAGAAUCGAGAACCCGAGCACCGAAUUCGUCAUGUGUUCUAGAUAGAUCCCGCAGAUAUCUUUUCCCUUGCUUUUCAUUUUCGCUUUUUCUUGUUAGUUAUUGUGGCUGUAGUUGUGUGACUGUAAUACAAUCGGAUCUCUAUAUUCUUAUUUUAUACUUGCUAUAUCCUCACCAUUCUCCUAGAAUGUUUCAGUUGCAGUUUACGCGGCAUCUGAUUGCGUUACCAUGUCAGCGUAAUACGUGACGUGGAGUUAGCGAAAAAUUGUACACCAAGCCGCAUGAGCUCCUUAUACCGCCUCAUCCCAGCCCCGCCUCAUCCCAGCCGCCUUAUAUCGUCCUGACGGCAAUCCGGGGCCUCUUUCUUUUUGCAAGACGAUGUUAGGCAUGAUAUCUUCAUGUCAUUCUUAGAUUCACGAUAACAGAGGCAAUUCAAUAAUAUUCUGAUCAA